GCCCUCACGCUCUUAUCCUUCCUGGGGCGCCAACCCCGCCCGCCAGCUUGCUAGCUUGCCUGCCCGGCGCCACGCAAGAAAAGGCGCCAGGAGACGCAGAGCAGCGAGAGGCGUGCGGCCCCGGCCAGCUCCGUCUCCAGGGUUAGCGCCGCGGCCGUGGCGGAGGACGACGGUGACGGUGACGAGGACGAGGGCCGCUCUUCUCGCUCCCUGCUUGCAGCGCGGCUCCACUGACCGGCCCUCGGGAGUGCAGGCGGGCAGGCGGGAUGGAGUGAUAGGGAAGAUGUUUGUGGAUUCUUCUGUGGGAUUAGAGGGCACGCCUAUUGUAAUCAGAAGACUCCAAGUAUAGCAGCGGGAAUGGAUGAACAGGCUCUCCUAGGUCUAAAUCCAAAUGCUGAUUCAGACUUCAGACAAAGGGCCUUGGCCUAUUUUGAACAGUUAAAGAUUUCCCCAGAUGCCUGGCAGGUGUGUGCAGAAGCUCUGGCUCAGAGGACGUACAGUGAUGAUCAUAUUAAGUUUUUCUGCUUUCAAGUACUGGAACAUCAAGUUAAAUACAAAUAUUCAGAACUAACUACUGUUCAACAACAGCUAAUUAGGGAGACGCUCGUAUCUUGGCUUCAAGCUCAGAUGCUGAAUCCACAACCAGAGAAGACCUUCAUACGAAAUAAAGCUGCCCAAGUCUUCGCCUUGCUUUUUGUUACAGAAUAUCUCACUAAAUGGCCCAAGUUUUUUUUUGACAUUCUCUCAGUAGUGGACCUAAAUCCAAGGGGAGUGGAUCUGUACCUCCGAAUUCUUAUGGCGAUUGAUUCAGAGUUGGUGGAUCGUGAUGUGGUUCACACCUCAGAGGAGGCUCGUAGGAAUACUCUCAUAAAGGAUACCAUGAGGGAACAGUGCAUUCCAAACUUGGUGGAAUCAUGGUACCAAAUCCUACAAAAUUAUCAGUAUACCAAUUCAGAAGUGACAUGCCAGUGCCUUGAAGUAGUUGGGGCUUAUGUCUCUUGGAUAGACUUAUCCCUUAUAGCCAAUGAUAGGUUUAUAAAUAUGCUGCUAGGUCAUAUGUCAAUAGAAGUUCUACGGGAAGAAGCCUGUGAUUGUUUAUUUGAAAUUGUAAAUAAAGGAAUGGAUCCUGUUGAUAAAAUGAAACUGGUAGAAUCUUUGUGUCAAGUGUUACAGUCUGCUGGGUUUUUCAGCAUUGACCGGGAAGAAGAUGUUGACUUCCUGGCCAGAUUUUCUAAACUGGUCAAUGGAAUGGGACAGUCAUUGAUAGUUAGCUGGACUAAAUUAAUUAAAAAUGGGGAUAUCAAGAAUGCUCAGGAGGCACUGCAAGCUAUUGAAACAAAGGUGGCGCUGAUGUUGCAGCUCCUAAUUCAUGAGGAUGAUGACAUCUCUUCUAACAUUAUUGGAUUUUGUUACGAUUAUCUUCAUAUUUUGAAACAGCUUACAGUGCUUUCAGAUCAACAAAAAGCUAAUGUAGAGGCAGUCAUGUUGGCCGUUACGAAAAAAUUAACCUAUGAUGAAGAAUAUAACUUUGAAAAUGAGGGUGAAGAUGAAGCCAUGUUUGUAGAAUAUAGAAAACAGCUGAAGUUGUUGUUGGACAGGCUUGCUCAAGUUUCACCAGAGUUGCUGCUGGCUUCUGUCCGCAGAGUGUUCAGUUCUACACUGCAGAAUUGGCAGACUACACGGUUUAUGGAAGUUGAAGUGGCAAUAAGAUUGCUGUAUAUGUUGGCAGAAGCUCUUCCAGUAUCUCAUGGUGCUCACUUCUCAGGUGAUGUUUCAAAAGCUAGUGCUUUGCAGGAUAUGAUGCGAACUCUGGUAACAUCAGGAGUUAGUUCCUAUCAGCACACAUCUGUGACAUUGGAGUUCUUCGAAACUGUUGUUAGAUACGAAAAGUUUUUCACAGUUGAACCUCAGCACAUUCCAUGUGUACUAAUGGCUUUCUUAGAUCACAGGGGUCUGCGGCACUCCAGUGCUAAAGUCCGGAGCAGAACCGCUUACCUAUUCUCCAGAUUUGUUAAAUCUCUCAAUAAACAAAUGAAUCCUUUCAUUGAGGAUAUUCUGAAUAGAAUACAAGAUUUAUUAGAGCUUUCUCCGCCGGAGAAUGGUUACCAGUCUUUGUUGAGCAGCGAUGAUCAAUUAUUUAUCUAUGAGACAGCUGGAGUGCUAAUUGUUAAUAGUGAGUAUCCAGCAGAGCGGAAGCAGGCAUUAAUGAGGAAUCUGUUGACUCCACUCAUGGAGAAGUUUAAAAUUCUGUUAGAAAAAUUGAUGCUGGCACAGGACGAAGAAAGACAGGCAUCUCUAGCAGACUGUCUCAACCAUGCUGUUGGAUUUGCUAGUCGAACCAGCAAAGCUUUCAGCAACAAGCAGACUGUGAAGCAAUGUGGCUGUUCCGAAGUUUACCUGGACUGUUUACAGACGUUCUUGCCAGCUCUCAGUUGUCCCUUACAAAAGGAUAUUCUCAGGAGUGGAGUCCGCACUUUCCUUCAUCGCAUGAUUAUUUGCCUGGAGGAAGAAGUCCUUCCCUUCAUUCCAUCUGCUUCAGAACACAUGCUCAAAGAUUGUGAAGCAAAAGACCUCCAGGAAUUCAUUCCUCUUAUCAACCAGAUUACAGCCAAAUUUAAGAUACAGGUAUCCCCAUUUUUACAACAAAUGUUCAUGCCUCUUCUUCAUGCAAUUUUUGAAGUUUUGCUCCGACCAGCAGAAGAAAACGACCAAUCUGCUGCUUUAGAGAAGCAGAUGUUGCGGAGGAGUUACUUUGCUUUUCUGCAAACAGUCACAGGCAGUGGAAUGAGUGAAGUCAUAGCAAAUCAAGGUGCAGAGAAUGUAGAACGAGUGCUGGUUACUGUUAUUCAAGGAGCAGUAGAAUAUCCAGAUCCCAUUGCUCAGAAAACAUGUUUUAUUAUCCUUUCCAAGUUGGUAGAACUCUGGGGAGGUAAAGAUGGACCAGUGGGAUUUGCUGAUUUUGUUUAUAAGCACAUUGUCCCUGCAUGUUUCCUAGCACCUUUAAAACAAACCUUUGAUCUGGCAGAUGCACAAACAGUAUUGGCUUUAUCUGAGUGUGCGGUGACACUGAAAACAAUUCAUCUCAAACGGGGCCCAGAAUGUGUUCAGUAUCUUCAACAGGAAUACCUGCCUUCCUUGCAAGUAGCUCCAGAGAUAAUUCAGGAGUUUUGUCAAGCACUUCAGCAGCCUGAUGCUAAAGUUUUUAAAAACUACUUAAAGGUGUUCUUCCAGAGAGCAAAGCCCUGAGGACUAGAGCUCCCCGUGCCUACUUCAUGAUCAAGAAUUCCAGUUAAUAAUUUAUAAGAAAACAAUUUUUUGUGUGCUGUUCACCCUGGUCUUUUUAACACUGCUUUGAGCUUAUUGCAGUAUAUGUAUUGGGAUUUUUUUCUGUAAAAUGGGUGUAAUUUCCCCUAAAUUACAGGUAUGUGACAACAUAGAGAAGUUGCAUGCCGAUUAAAUCGUUCUGUAUAAAAAUGCUGUUGUAAGAUACAGCAGAGUUAUCCUAGUACCUUUUUUUUUUAACUUGAAACUUUUAAGUCCUUUAUAAAGACCAUAGCAAGAAAACAGUGUAUUUCUUUUUCAUUACUGAAUAUAAAAUGUUUGAAAAUUUAAAUUUUUGUUUUAUGUGUGCAGACUCAUAAACUGUUUCAUUUAUGUGUGCAGACUCAUAAAAAAGUGGGGGGAAUAAAAUCAAAAUUAACUUUUUUGUAGAUAGCUAUUACAUUUCCUUAAACUGUUUAAUGCCAAUGUGUAUUCUACAAAACAGAACGGUUUCAUAAAUUAACUGAUUGAAGAGU